CUGAAGGACCCGGAGCGGAUCAAGGACGUCAGUUUGAGGACCCCAACUAGUCGCAGUGAUCGUCCGUCGAUGGGGGACUUCGUGGGGCACGCGCUGCCGGGCUCGCUGCUGCUGCUGGUGGGCCUGUGGCGGGUCUGGGCGUCCAUCGUGCGCUUCGCCGCCGACUCAACGGUGUUCCAUGUCCGUGCCUGGAGCCCCUUCUCAGCGGGGCCGCAGCUCCUGGAGCUGUACGUGGUGACCGGGGGCGCCUUCCUGGACAUGUGCAUUGAGCUGUUCUACUCCAACCCGCUCCGCGUCCUGACCGGUCGCGGGGUCGACCCGGCGCACCUCAACGGCCUCGAGCACUCCGGCAUGCUGCUCAUGUUCUUCCUCUUCGGCGCGCUCGCCCUCCUCUCCCACACGACGAGGUACCUGCCGCUGUCGGACACCGCACUGGGCCUGGUGUUUGCAACCGCUUUCACGUCGGAGUUCCUGCUCUUCUACUUCCACUCCACCACCCACGUUGGCUUGGAGGCCUACUACCACCGCCUCCUCCUCCUCCUCAUCGGCCUCUGUAUCGCAGCCAUUGUCCUCGGUGCGCUCCUGCCAACCAGCUUCCCUGCGGACCUAGGCACGGGCGCCCUCAUCGCGGUCCAGGGUAUGUGGUUCUUCCAGACUGGGUUCACUCUCUACGGUCCUACGCUCCCUGCUGGUUGUGCCCGCAGCUUCGCCGCCCCUGGCGCCGACGCCCACGUCGAGUGCCCCGACGGCGCCGUGCUGGAGCGUGCCGAGCAGCUGGCAAACUUGCAGCUAUUCGGACUCGUGUUCCUUGUGUUUGUGUAUGUGCUCGGGUGCUACAGCGUCGCCACGGCGAGGUUUGGGGUACCCGGACUUGAAAACGACGACGAAUGACAAGCACGUCGGGGAUAUUGAAUGCUGCCGCUGAGGAGAGCAAGAUUUAGUGGGCAAUGCUGCUGAAGUUCUAACUUUUGGAUUUGGUGCACGAAACAAAGAGCAAGUAUAAUAAGAUGAUAUAAGCGGGCCACAAGGAUUUAUAAUAUUUUUUUGAGUUAAAAGAGAGAUGAGUAUAGAGAAAAGAAAUGGGUCGUAGAUUUACAGCCGGCUAUAGAACAGACUCCGAAAAAAAUUAGGAGAGUAAAAUGUACGCCAUAUCUUAAUAGAGUAGU